CCAGAGUGAUGAGAAAGGGAGUAAGCGAGGACCCCCCGCCCCGUGCGGACGCGCUAGGAGGUCCAGCGCCUGGUUGGAGAGCCUCCCCGAGACUUGGUGUGUGCCUUGCCUAGUUUCACUUGAUACUCUUCAGGAAUUAUGUAGAAAAGAAAAGCUCACAUGUAAAUCGAUUGGAAUCACCAAAAGGAAUCUAAACAAUUAUGAGGUGGAAUACUUGUGUGACUACAAGGUAGUAAAGGAUAUGGAAUAUUAUCUUGUAAAAUGGAAAGGAUGGCCAGAUUCUACAAAUACUUGGGAACCUUUGCAAAAUCUCAAGUGCCCAUUACUGCUUCAGCAGUUCUCAAAGGACAAGCAUAAUUAUUUAUCUCAGGUACGGAAAGGCAAAGCAAUAACCCCAAAAAACAAUAACAAAACUUUGAAACCUGCCAUUGCUCAGUACAUUGUAAAGAAGGCUAAACAAAGGAUAGCUCUGCAGAGAUGGCAAGAUGAACUCAACAGAAGAAAGAAUCAUAAAGGAAUGAUAUUUGUUGAAAACACUGUUGAUUUGGAGGGCCCACCUUCAAACUUCUACUACAUUAAUGAAUACAAACCAGCUUCUGGAAUCAGCUUAGUAAAUGAAGCUUCCUUUGGUUGUUCGUGUACAGAUUGCUUCUUUGAAAAAUGUUGUCCUGCUGAAGCUGGAGUUCUUUUGGCUUAUAAUAAAAGCCAACAAAUUAAAAUUCCACCUGGUACCCCCAUCUAUGAAUGCAACUCAAGGUGUCAAUGUGGACCUGAUUGUCCCAACAGGAUUGUACAAAAAGGCACACAGUAUUCACUUUGCAUCUUUCGAACUAGUAAUGGCCGUGGCUGGGGUGUAAAAACCCUUGUGAAGAUUAAAAGAAUGAGUUUUGUCAUGGAAUAUGUCGGAGAGGUAAUCACAAGUGAAGAAGCUGAAAGACGGGGACAGUUAUAUGACAACAAAGGGAUCACAUAUCUUUUUGAUCUGGAUUAUGAAUCUGAUGAAUUCACAGUAGAUGCAACUCGAUAUGGAAAUGUAUCUCAUUUUGUGAAUCACAGUUGUGACCCAAAUCUUCAGGUGUUCAAUGUUUUCAUUGAUAACCUCGAUACUCGUCUUCCCCGAAUAGCAUUGUUUUCCACGAGAACUAUACAUGCUGGAGAAGAGCUGACUUUUGAUUAUCAAAUGAAAGGUUCUGGAGAUAUUUCUUCAGAUUCUGUUGACCACAGCCCUGCCAGAAAGAGGGUCAGAACUGUAUGUAAAUGUGGAGCUGUGACUUGCAGAGGUUACCUCAACUGAAUUUUCAGGAAAUAGAGCUGAUGAUAACUGUAGUUUAUUUUUUCUCCUAAUGUUAACAUUGAAAAAAAAUAAGUAUUUGAGACUCUCUUUUCAUGUCAAGAUUAUGCCUGUAUUAAUUUACAAUUCACACUUCAAGACAUUUGCCAAAUGCAUUACCGAUGCCUCCGAAGAGUGGGCCAUUGGGUCGCACAGACAUAUUUAGUGCUUAGAGACCAAAUGUGAAAGGCAGACUGUUCACAGCUCACCAUAUGCGUACUUAAGAAGUCUGUGUGGAGAAAUGCCUCCCUCAGUGUUUGAAAAAUGUUAAGCUGAUAAUGUAACGUUUACUAAGAGAUCAGACAUUCAACUUUCCAGACACCUCACGUUCCCAGAAAUAGACUCGAUUCAAUUUGGGCAGAUCUACAAGUUCUUGUUACUAUAUUACCAUUCCUGUUUAAUGCUGUACUUGUAUUUGAGACAAAUAGGUGAUACUGAAUUUUAUACCUUACUUUCUACUUUUUCAUUAAAACAUUGGAAUCGUAAUGAUAUUGAAGUUUAAGGUUUACGAUUAAAUGUAAAAA